AAUAACAAAUACGAUUUUAGGGAUAUAGCUAAUUAGGUAAGAGGAUUUAGCUGUGUUAAAAUGAAGGUCAUAUAUGCCGGUUACAGUAAAACAGGCACCAAAACUAUGUCGGCUGCGUUCAUGGAGCUUGGUUACAAGACGUAUGAUUUCUUCGAAAACUCAUGGUAUCUUGGGAAAGAAUGGAAGCAAAUUGUUAACCACGGCGGAACAGUUGAAGAUUUUAGAAAAAUGUACGAAGGCGUGGACGCUGUGGUGGACUCACCAUGUUACCUGUUUUGGGAAGAAUUACUGGAAGCCUACCCGGACACAAAGAUCAUAUUUUCUGUCCGUGAUGAAGACACGUGGGUACGCAGCAUGCAAAAGCAGUUGCAUUCUUUAGAAACUGACCCUUUGUACAUUUUGAUGCAAGUGUUUUCUUAUUCUGGCUGGAAGCAUUUCGGUUUUAUGUGUGUUGCUGUCCACUCAGUUCUUGGAUCUGCACAGAGAUGGCCUUGGUCUAAAUUCAAGUACAACGAAACGGUGUGGAGGCGAAUGUACAAGUAUCAUAACAAUUAUCUGUUACAGAACGCUCCUAAAGAUAAGUUAUUGGUGUUCAAUUUUAAAGACGGUUGGGAACCAAUUUGUAAAUUUCUUGGAAAGGAAAUUCCAGACAAACCUUUUCCGCAUGCGAAUAUUGGAGCUUCUAUUGUCCGGGAUUUAAUGGAGACGCAUCCUAUCAUGAUCAGGAUGAUGCGAGAAACGAUGUUGACGGUCGGAGUUCUUACUCUCAUUGGAGCAUAUGGUGGAUACAAGGUUUACCGAAACCCAACAAUUAUAAACGGUUGGAUAAGCGCUGCGGUAUCAAGGUUCAAAUUUUGGUGAUUCUCUGUGACGUCACAUACCAGCAUGUUCUGCAAACUCUAACUUUCCAUCCAUAGCAAAUAAAAUUGUUAGGCAAGAGUAGACUAACAUCACCACUUCGUGACGCCAUAUCAUCAUUGUUUAUAUAAAAUAGCUUAUGUAUAUACGUAAUAAAUAAAGCCCAGUGCGAUUUAUGCCAUA